AUGGCGACCCAAACGGCCGUCUUUGCCAUCAUUCUCCUGGUCGUGGUCCCGCUCUAUACCAUCUACAAGCCGCCAAAAUUCGUCAUUAGCUACUUCCAAAAUCGAUUCCCAGAAGUGCUAUUCCAGGUACAGACGGACAAGAAAAUCGUUGCGCUUACCAUCGACGACACGCCGAGCAUCUACACGAAUCAGAUCCUGGAUAUAUUGAAGGAGAAUGAGGUUUCCGCGACUUUCUUUGUCAUUGGAGGUCAGGUUCCUGGGGACGAGCAUAUCUUGACCGAUAUUGUCAGAGCGGGAAGCGAAUUGGGAAAUCAUGCCAUGCACGACGAGCCCAGCAUCUCGUUACCCAGCGCCGUUUUGGACGAUGAGAUCCAUGAGGUCGACAGGCUUAUCAACAGUGCAUACAGCGAAGCCAGCCGGGAUCGGCAGAAUCACUUCUUCAGGCCAGGAUCUGGAGUGUUCAGUCGAAGGAUUCUGGAUGUUGCGACCACUGCAGGCUACAGGACGAUUCUCGGCAGUAUCUACCCUCACGACCCAUUUAUCAACGUCUGGAGGCUGAAUGCAUGGCACAUUUUGAGUAUGCUACGACCUGGCGCCGUCAUCAUCUGCCACGAUCGCAGAUCUUGGACAGUGCCCAUGCUGAAGAAAGUGGUACCGGCCAUGAAGAAGAAAGGCUACGAAGUCGUUUCUCUAUCCAAGUUUCUUGAGAUGAGCAAGCCCUGA